AUGGAUGCAGCUAAUAUUUUAAAACCAAUGUUAUCAAGAGGAGAAUUACGAUGUAUUGGAGCAACAACAAUAGAAGAAUAUAGAAAAUAUGUAGAAAAAGAUCCAGCAUUUGAAAGACGAUUCCAACAAGUUUAUGUAAAUGAGCCAAGUGAAGAAGAUACAUUAUAUAUUCUUCGAGGAAUACGAGAGAAAUAUGAAAAUCAUUAUGGAUUAACAAUUACCGAUUCAGCAUUAGUUUCAGCAGCAACAUUAAGUAAAAGAUAUAUUAAUGGAAGAUUUCUUCCAGAUAAAGCAAUUGAUUUAGUUGAUGAAGCAUGUGCUACAUUAUUUACACAAAAGAAUUCACAACCAGAAGAAAUAGAUAAAUUAGAAAGAAGAGAAACACAAUUAAAUGUAGAGAAAAUAGCAUUAGAAAGAGACAUUAAAGAAAGUGAUGAAGACCAUAAUAAAAUGAUUAAAGAAAGACUACAAGAUAUUGAAAAAGAAUUAAGUGAAAAUAAAGAGAAAUUAACAAAAUUACGAAUUAACUAUGAAAAAGAAAAAGGAGGAAGUGAAGAAAUGAAAGAACUUGCAACGAAAAUAGAAGCUAUGAAACAUAAAGCAGAAAGUACUAAAGAUUUAGAAGUAGCAGCUGAUUUAAAAUAUUAUGCAAUACCAGAAGCAGAAAAAAGAAUGAAAGAAUUAAAGGAACAAAAUAAAGAAACAACAAUGAUAUCAUUACAAGUUACACCAACACAAAUAGAAGAAGUAGUUAGUAGAUGGACAGGAAUUCCUGUUACUAAAAUGAAUCAAACAGAGAAAAUAAGACUAAUGAAAUUAGAAGAAGAACUACAUAAACGAGUAAUAGGACAAAAUGAAGCAGUAACAGCAGUUAGUGAUGCAAUUAUUCGAAGUAGAGGAGGAUUAGGAAAUGAAAAACGACCAACAGG